AUGGCCACUUCGGAACAAGCUACCACUCCACCAGGCGUCAGUGGUAUUGACUCCCCCACAAUAGAGAUUGACUUUCUACAAGCCUACUAUUAUAUCAAGAAAAAACUCGACAAGGAGUUCAUAUUUUGUAACUGGAAUUAUGUGGUAAUAGAGGCUACUCGAAUGUGUAUCGGUCCUUGGAACAAGAAACAAAGUGCUUGCUGGGUUUUUACCAAAUUGCUGGAUGCGAUUUGGACUUUAACAUUUGGUCGAGUAAAUGGCCCUUCACCAUGGGAUGAUCUGCUCAAAGAACUCUACGUCGGUGAAAGCAACGGUGGAGAAGAUUAUCUACUCGACGUAGAUGAUUGGCGCGAAAUCAUUUACGUCUCAAUGGAGUAUAUGAUGCGCGAGAAGCUCAGAGAAGAAUCUCCUAUGAGGAUUCCGACACCCGAAGACCACACACCCGACUCAGAAGCCGAACUAUCAAAGCACCCAUCUACCUACUAA